CACAAAUCAGACGUUCACAGUUAGAGGGAGUCUGUGGCACUGAACCAGCAACAGGUGAGGUAUCAGCACUGUGAAAGAUGACUGCCACUGUCCUGAAAAACAAGAAAGUGACCGUGGUCAAUGUGGCGGCUGACAAUAUGAGAAUCUCGCCGGCACUGCUGUGUCAAAUCUUGAAGAUGAUUUGCUGCGGUCCUCCGUGCUGCUUGGUGCUCAAGGGGCUUCUGCAGACAAAUGUUACAGCUGCUCUUGGGACUAUUCAGAUCAUGGUGGGCCUGUUCAGCAUUGGACUUGGCCCAGGACGAAUGGGCAUCCAAGCUGAGGAUUUUGCUAAUAUUGAAGUUGCUUUCUGGCUAGGUGGAGUGUUCAUCGCUGUUGGCAUCAUCUCAAUUUUUUCUGGCCAAGUGCCCACUCUUGUCUUGGUGGGAUUUGCCAUGUUUCUGAACAUUGUCGGAUCGGUCUUUGCCAUCAUUAGCAUUGUUCUGCAUGGCAGAGACCUGGCAGGUCCCUCUGUCCUCAGUUUAUGUGACAGCUAUGGGUACAAUGCUGGUAAUGACGAUGACGCCUGCAGAAGAGUGGCAUCCUAUGCCCAGAAUAUGUUGACAGCCAUUGACAUCACAUCAAUUACUCUGGCUGCUCUCCAGCUGUGUGCCAGCAUCAGCUUUGUUAUUCUGGGUGUCAAAGCUUUGAUCAACAGGAAGAAGGAAGAGCAGGUUGAUGAAGAUGUUGGUGUUCUCCAACCAGAGUUGAAGGAAGUCCUCAUGACCAGUCCUGAUGUUUAAAAUCAUUUCAACAAAACACAUGUGUGCACGAGUAUGAAUAAGCAUCACAUCACUGUAAUCACAAAAUAAUCAAAAGCACAUUAUAUUACAAAAAUUACCUGUGUUUUCUUUUAAAUAUUUACUUUUCAAAUUGUGAAUGUGGAUAUUAGAAUCAGAAGAUUUCACUGGGAGUAAACUCAAUAAGUUUUAAUUGUUUGUAUCUUUUAAGCACAAACAAAAGAUUUUUGAACUAAUUGUUCUUUGUAUGUUAUGUAUGUUAAUGGUAAUGGUGUAAAGUUAGACACAAAACAACCCUCAUCACAUGAGACCCUUCAACUCACUCCAACUUCUCCCAUCAGGCAGCAGUUAUAAAAAUUGUCUGUCCAAUAUAUUUUUUUAAAAUGAUUUAUAACAGCGUUGCAAUUUGAAUCUCAUUUAUCUUGUUAAAAAUAAAAUAUAUUGCAUUGA